GGAGGGAGAGGUGGGAGGUGAGGGAGCGAGGGAAAAGUGAAGCAGGAAGGAGAAGGCGGCUGAAGGUGGGGAUUGAUGCUUCUGUUUUUUGUUGCCGCUGCUGCCCUCGCGCUGGGAGCCGAGCCGGAGGGAAGGCGGUGGAGAGAUGAUUGCAGAGUUGGUGAGCAGCGCGCUGGGGCUCGCCUUGUACCUAAACACCUUGAGUGCGGAUUUCUGCUACGAUGACAGCCGUGCCAUCAAGACUAAUCAGGACCUUCUCCCGGAAACUCCAUGGACUCAUAUUUUCUACAAUGAUUUUUGGGGAACUCUUCUAACGCACAGCGGCAGCCACAAGUCUUACAGGCCACUCUGCACUCUCUCCUUUCGUCUGAACCACGCCAUCGGAGGGCUGAAUCCCUGGAGCUACCACCUCGUCAAUGUCCUGUUGCAUGCGGCUGUCACUGGCCUCUUCACAAGCUUCUCCAAGAUCCUCCUUGGUGAUGGAUACUGGACCUUCAUGGCUGGCUUGAUGUUUGCCUCACACCCCAUUCACACCGAGGCAGUGGCAGGAAUCGUGGGCCGGGCCGAUGUUGGGGCCGGUUUGUUCUUUCUCCUCUCCCUGCUCUGCUAUAUUAAACACUGUUCAACAAGAGGCUACUCAGCCAGGACCUGGGGCUGGUUCCUGGGGACAGGACUGUGUGCAGGAUGCAGUAUGUUAUGGAAGGAACAAGGAGUGACUGUUCUGGCAGUUUCGGCGGUUUAUGACGUCUUUGUCUUUCACAGGCUGAAAAUGAAACAGAUCUUGCCCACCAUUUACAAAGGGAAGAACUUGUCUCUUUUCCUCAGCAUAAGUUUGUUAACGUUCUGGGGAACCUCCUUGUUGGGUGCUCGGUUAUACUGGAUGGGAAAUAAACCACCAAGCUUUUCCAACUCAGACAACCCUGCUGCCGAUUCAGACAGCCUUCUGGCUCGCACACUCACUUUCUUCUACUUGCCAACUAAGAAUCUGUGGUUGCUGCUGUGUCCAGAUACUCUGAGUUUUGAUUGGUCCAUGGAUGCUGUGCCUCUGCUAAAAACGAUUUGUGAUUGGAGAAAUCUACACACUGUGGCCUUCUAUAUUGGACUCCUCAUCCUGGCCUACUAUGGACUGAAGAGCCCAAACGUGGAAAGAGAAUGCAAUGGGAAAGCCGUGACAAAUGGCAGGCAGAAUGCAAAUGGGCAUAGCUGCCAUUCAGACAUGGAGUACCGGAACUCGGAGAUUAAGCCCAGCUUUGCAUCCAAAGUAGAAAAUGGCAUUAAAGAUAAUGUAUCACAGAGAACACAACUUCCUUCUACGGAGAACAUUGUGGUUCUAUCUUUAUCUUUGCUAAUAAUACCUUUUGUUCCUGCCACAAACCUGUUUUUCUAUGUUGGCUUUGUGAUUGCAGAGCGCGUAUUAUAUAUCCCUAGUAUGGGCUUCUGCCUCCUGAUUACAGUGGGUGCCAGAGCCCUGUAUGUCAAAGUGCAAAAGCGGUUUCUCAAGAGCUUGAUUUUUUAUGCGACUGCCACGUUAAUUGUUUUCUAUGGACUGAAGACUGCAGUCAGGAAUGGAGACUGGCAAAAUGAGGAAAUGCUGUACAGGUCAGGGAUAAAAGUUAACCCAGCGAAAGCAUGGGGUAACCUUGGAAAUGUUCUGAAGAGUCAAAGCAAAAUUUCUGAAGCUGAAAGCGCCUAUAGAAAUGCUUUGUACUACCGUAGCAACAUGGCUGACAUGCUUUAUAAUUUAGGGUUGCUUCUCCAGGAGAACAGCAGAUUCGCAGAAGCCUUACAUUAUUACAAAUUGGCCAUUGGGAGCCGACCUACCCUGGCUUCUGCGUAUUUAAACACGGGCAUUAUUCUAAUGAACCAAGGAAAAACAGAAGAAGCCCGGCGCACGUUCCUCAAGUGUUCUGAGAUCCCAGAUGAAAACCUGAAGGACCCCCACGCACACAGGAGCUCUGUGACGAGCUGUCUGUACAACCUGGGAAAGCUGUAUCAUGAGCAGGGACGCUAUGAGGAGGCCCUGAGUGUAUACAAGGAAGCUAUUCAGAAAAUGCCAAGGCAGUUUGCCCCACAAAGCUUAUACAACAUGAUGGGCGAAGCAUAUAUGCGACUGAGCAAGCUACCAGAAGCAGAGCAUUGGUACAUGGAAUCAUUGAGAUCCAAGACUGACCACAUCCCUGCGCAUCUGACCUAUGGGAAAUUGCUGGCACUAACAGGUCGUAAGAGUGAGGCUGAAAAGUUCUUCUUGAAGGCCAUUGAGCUGGAUCCCUCCAAAGGAAACUGUUACAUGCAUUAUGGGCAGUUUCUCCUGGAAGAAGCUCGCCUCAUAGAAGCAGCUGAGAUGGCAAAGAAAGCAGCGGAACUGGAUAGCACGGAGUUUGAUGUUGUCUUCAACGCUGCUCAUAUGCUCAGACAGGCUAGCCUCAAUGAAGCAGCUGAGAAGUACUACGAUCUGGCAGCCAGACUGAGGCCUAACUAUCCAGCUGCAUUGAUGAACCUAGGGGCCAUUCUGCACCUUAAUGGCAAGCUCCAGAAGGCAGAGGCCAACUACCUGCGCGCCCUGCAGCUCAAGCCAGAUGACGUGAUCACGCAGUCCAAUCUGCGGAAACUGUGGAACAUCAUGGAAAAGCAAGGCUUAAAGACUUCUGAGACAUGACACGGAACCUCGUCCUCACUUUGACAGAGUGGACUUUAUUACUGGACAACACUUCCCAGCAGUGCUGUGACAAGAGCUGGUUUCGGACUUCAGGGCAGGAGUCGUUGAAGUCGCUGCUGCUCCUGGGAGAUCCACUUUGCUGUUGACAUGGCCACUAACACCAAAAAGGGGAACAUGGGAAACCUCCUGGAGAAUGGAUUUGCUACCCAGAGACUGUAAACCAGAGCACUUAAAACAGGGAUCUUUUGGAAUUUGUAAAAGGGGAGGGUGCCGAAAAUACAGACCUUGUUCAUUUUUGAAAGCUAAUUUCAAAAUUAUAUUAUUCCUUAAACACUGUGAGAGGAAGUCGGAGUGUGUGUUCAGCCACGGUAAACUAUGAAAGAUUGAGUGUUAACAGGGAGUGAUUAAAGCAUAGUGGGAGGUGCAGGGAGCCACUGGCUUUCCUAGGUUGUCCUAAUGCUGCUGGCUUACCCUUUAGGACAGCCUGCUUGUCAUUUUCUGAAGCCUAGAAAGCAUUUUUUGUUGUUGGUGGUGGUGGUAUUUAGCAUUGUGUCAAGCUAGCGAGAAUCUGCAGUUGUUCCUCAGUUAGUACACACAGUGUCUUAUGUUUUAGGUGUCACAGCCUUUCGUCUUUGGAGCAUCACUUGCUGAGCAGCACUUGGAGAGGAGUGGCCAGUGGAGCUGGGCGCGGCUGGAGAGGCCUUCUGUGUGUCAGGCAGGCAUUCUUUAAUAUUGUCAGUGUGUUCCUCUACAUUUCCAGCAGAAUUCACUGUAUUAACUGUUUUGAAAUAACCUUUUAAAAUGAGUGUUCCUGGCUAGUGUGUGUUUGUUGAGGAGGGUAAAGGAAAGGGAUAUUUAAAAGUGUUCUAGUUUCUAUAACCAACAGCUAUUAAGCAGAAGAGAGGGCUAAUUUGUGCCUCCCCGAUGCUGCUGGUUAAAAAAUUAAGUCUAUCUGAAGGAGCGUAUGAUGACAGUUGCCAGUUUGUGUUUGGAAGAGUAGGUAUGAAAUCAUAAUCGCUUUCUCAUAGGUAUCGAAACAAUAAUGCUGUUAAAUUUUCAAGGAAUGAUUUUUAUCUUAUUCUGCUCUUCCCAAAAGGCAUCAAACACGUGCUGCUUUAAACUGCAAUAGAGGAUAGCAUUAGCUUGCUACAUGUUUCCACGUCUUGUGCCAAUGGCCUCUCUUAGUUGAUAACUAUUUUUCACUAGCAGAUUUGGUGUUUUAUUUCAUGACCUGUUGGUAACCACUUCGCUCAUCACUUCAUGAGUAAAAUCGUAUAAAUGAAGUAGAGAAAAACAUUUGCUGAACACAUUUUGGCUUGCAGUCAAACUUUGCUACUAAAAAUUAACUUCAUAAAACAGUCCAUUAUCAACUUCGUUAUAGAGAAAAUAACUAUACUGUACCUUGCAUAUUUAUUUAUUUAUUACCUACCAUAGCAGAGUAACGGAAAAUUUGAUAAAUUAAGCCAGUUUUUUAAAACUGAAAUUGAGCUUUUCUCUACCUGGUCACACUCCAUAUGUAUGUUAUUAGUGGUUCCAUUAAAAGGAAGCUGGACAUGCAAACACAUCAUACUAUGUUUUCUCCAUAUUUUAUGGGUUUUGUUAUAUAUCUGAAUACAGAGGGAUAAAGAAUUUAAAGUAGUGUUUCUAUGGCAAUAGAAUUUUGUGAAAAGGGCAAAUGUAGUAAGAGAUUUUUGGAUGAUGUUAAUAAGGAGCCCCUUCAAUAAUAUGUAUUUUCUUUUACAACCUUUCAUUGUAGGGCCAGAAGUUAACUUAUGGCUCAAUCAUUGUGUUUUCAGAAUAUUUAACAUUUAACAAACCCAUGGUCAAACCAAAACAGUGGGUUGAAGUGUAUGUUUUUCAUCCUCUGGUACAUUGGCAAUUGCAAAAAGCAAAAACAAAGAAAGAAAUAAACAAUGCCAAGAGGAUGGAACUUAAUAUAAGGCUAUAAAUAUAAAUUCAAUGUCUAACAUUUUUAUUUAUUUAAAUAGUUAUUGAUGUAUAAUGACCCCCUAGUCUUCACAUUUUGUGUCUUUCUGUUGUUAUUGUUCCUUUCCAGCACUUGGUUCUUAGUAGGUUCACUGAAUGCACAGUAGAGGCACUUCAUGUUGACUCAGUUCCCAAGUAGCAUUAAUGAUUGGACCUGUGUCAUCAAAUGCAUGGAUCUUUAAUAUCUAACAUCCCUGACACUUCAAUACAGGGCUGGACUUAGUAACUGACCAACACGGGGAGGGGGGUGGUUGUUGGGAGGGCAUUUGAACAUGAUCAAAAAUGUCUCCGCUCAGGGAUUUAUGGUGGGUUAUUGCAGACAGUGCUAAAAAUAUAGAGCACAAGACAAGUUUACUAAAUUAAAAUUUUAUUUUUUGAGAAGCUGUUAUUUGUAUAAAUUAUCAAGAUUUGUAGGCUUUCCUUUUGUAGAAAUAAUUGUUUUAUGUGCCAGAGAAUUUCAAUUUUGUUUUCAACAAUAAAGCAUUGAU